CUCUCCACCUUUGUACUCUUUAUAAAAUCGCCAUCCCGCUCUUUCCUUUUCCGUUAGCCCUCUCCUUUCUCUUUCUCUCUGUGAGCUAAAUGCAAAGCGGCGUUGGCUGCGAAAUCUCUGACAAAAAACACGUACUUUGCUUUUUCAUUUGAUUCCAUUUCUAGUCAACGUUAUACUCCGUUAGUUGCACGAACCAAACCCACGAACAAGAAAAGAGAAAUGCUGGAAACUGUCAAGUACCUCAUGGGCUCCGCCGGCUCUAGUGGCUUUGGCUCUAAGUCCACCGCAGACCAGGUCACUGCAGGCGCCGAUCUACGUUCCAUCACUGCCAUCAUCACCGGCGCCACUUCGGGGAUAGGAGCCGAGACGGCGAGAGUUUUGGCGAAGCACGGAGCGAGACUGGUACUACCUGCUCGGAGCUUGAAAGCGGCCGAAGAUACCAAAGCUCGUAUAGUUUCGGAAUGUCCUGAUUCUGAAAUCCUUGUUAUGGCGCUUGAUCUUAGCUCUCUCAAUUCUGUUCGAAACUUCGUUGCGGAGUUCGAGUCUCUCAAUUUGCCACUCAAUCUCCUCAUAAAUAAUGCCGGCAAGUUCGCACACGAGCAUGCAAUAUCGGAAGAUGGAAUAGAAAUGACCUUUGCCACUAAUUAUCUUGGUCAUUUUCUUUUAACGAAAUUGUUAUUGAAUAAGAUGAUCGAAACUGCAAAAGAAUCCGGCAUCCAGGGCAGAAUCGUUAACGUUUCAUCUACCAUUCACGGCUGGUUUUCCGGAGAUAUGAUCCGAUAUCUCGGAGAAAUUUCCCGAAAUAUAUGUCAUUACGAUGCCACACGUGCUUACUCUCUCUCGAAGCUGGCUAACGUUUUGCACACCAAGGAGCUUGCUCAGAGAUUGAAGCAAAUGGAAGCCAACGUGACUAUCAAUUGUGUACAUCCAGGAAUAGUGAGAACCAGACUCACUCGAGAACGAGAAGGCCUACUCACAGAUAUGGUGUUUUUCAUGGCAUCUAAGCUCUUGAAGACGAUUCCUCAGGCUGCUGCUACUACUUGUUACGUAGCAGCUCAUCCCAGAUUGUCGAAUGUUUCUGGAAAGUAUUUUGCGGAUUGUAAUGAAGCCUCUUCAACGUCGAAAUUGGGAUCCAGCUCAACAGAAGCUGCACGGUUGUGGUCCGCCUCUGAAAUCAUGGUUUCUAGAGACCCAAAAGCAGUUUUUGACCCACUUAAUGCCACAGACUAUGGGGCAUAAAGAAAAAUAAUAAAUAAACUUGGAGAAAUCUACAAAAGGAAAAAAAAAAAAAAAAGAAUAUUUACAUACAAAAGAUAAGGCGAUGAUAUUUAGCGAGUACUGGAGGAUAAAAAAAGCAAUCUAGAAAGAGAAACAUACAAUUUUACACAACCUAGAGGACUGUUAGUAUGUUAAAGAAUGCUUUAGAUGUACUGCUUAAUUAAUGUAUCUAUGAUUAUAUAAUUAAGUAGUAUUAUUUUUGGUUAA